AUUCCCUCUCGUGGCUCUCUCGUCCGUAGGAGGUAGGAAAGGUGGUGCGCGGUUCCGGCGGUGACCGAAAUUUCCAGGGAGGCGAUGCUUGCGACGCGCGUGUGCGUUUCGUAACGGUCGUCGUGCAGCGACGAGUGCAGGGAGUGAGAACGGCUAAUCAUGCCUAGAGAAGGCGGCAAUCCGACCGGCAGGCGGCCGUCGUCGCGCAAUGCGAAGCCCUACGAUGCGAACAACUCAUUUGUAAGAAAAAUGGCAACCAAGGUAACAGAUUUUAUACCACAGUCGUCAUGGAUUAGUAAGUGGUUCAAUACCUCUCAAAGUAAUGAGGAGGAUGCGUUAGAAGAUAGAGGGAAUAUUGAUGAGACAGAACUCGAGGAUGAUGUACAGCAACCUCCUCCUAGCAAACGAUCGCGUAUUCGUAUGGAUGUGAUUCAUCCACCCGGUACAUUUUCUAUACAAACGAGAGUUAAAACUGCUUUGAAUACAAUUGAACCCUCUAAAGAACAGUAUCCCGUUCAUAAUGAAAUGGCGGAAGAUUUUGCAACAGCUGGACCAAGUGGAAUAGGCCAUUUAAUGUCCUCUACUCCUGCGGUGCAAGCAGACAUUAGGACUGUAACGUCUCAUAGAUCUGACUUAAAUUCAUUAGCUUCGACUAAUAAUGGAAUAGCAAAUGGAAUGGAUGAUAAUUCAGAAUCCAGUGAAAGUACUAGUGGAUGCAGUUCGCUUAUUCCACAGAUAAAUAGGCACGAAGGCCCAUCAAACUUGUUGUACAGUUCAACGUUUACUAGUAGAAAGAGGCAUCUUGAUGAUAAAUUGACAUUUACUAAUCAUUUACAAUCUCCAAGGUCCUUGUUUCUAGACAGUAAUUCUCGCGAUUCUUUAAGCAGUCGUAGACCGAGUUUUAACGCAUCAAUUAUAACAAAUGCUGCAGAUCGUGCAUCUCCGUUAUCCUCUCCUUUUUAUAGUGGUAAUAUUACUUUCGGGGGUGCAAAUGCAGCAGGUCUUUAUAAACGAAGUCGUAAUAUUUUUAACAAUUCAAAUGAGAUACAACUUAAAGUACCAAGGAGGACGAAUAUUGAAGUUAAACCUUCUGAUGCAGUAGGAGUUGAUUCAUCGGGAAUGAGUCAAACCGCCAAAAAGAUAUUGGAAGCAUUAGAACAUUUUUCUUCACCUGUAUCCGACGCGAAAAAAAUUCCGUUAAAAAACACAAAUAAUGCUGUGUCUUCGGUGAGCAGGAAAAGAGCACGAGAAGAAACACCAAAUCCAUCUGCUAGAAUUGGUCUGCGUCAUUUGACGCGUGAAUUAACAGUACCAACCGUCCCCGAUAUAUUGAAGUUAAGGCGGAGACAAAAGCUACAAGAUACAACUCUUAUGGCUAGAAAGAUCGUUUCCGCUCGUAGCGAUCCACCUCCGCCUCCGCAAGAAUAUCGGCUGAGGACGGAGGAUACCGAUAGUGAAAAGUACCGCGGCAAGUUAAAGGGCAAAUCUAAAAUAAAUCUAGAGCAAGAAGAAACGGUGGCGCCUGUAAAUUUGCCGAACAUACCUCUGCCAAUAACAACGUUACCUAAUUUCAAUUUUACCUUACCACCCCCUGCUUCACAUUCCGCAGGCAAAACUAUAGCAAAUAAGGAAAACUCUUUUACAUUUGCUAGCCCUAUUAAAGUAACAGAUGCUGGGAAAAGUUUGCAGUCUGUCAACAAUUUCACUUUUAGUAAUCCAAUUAACGCCGAAGACUGCGCGAAUAAUUCGACUGAUUCAAAUUCACGUUCAUUAACAGGGAAUGAAUUUACUGUUGAUUGUGCGGUAACAUCUGUACCAAAUUUCAUUUGGAGUGGCUCAUCCACAGCACCCAGAUUAAAAGCAAAAGUAAAAAAUAUGUCUAUGCUGCCGCAGGAAUUGAAAUCGGGAAGUGUUAUGGAUGUACUUUCCAAAUCUAGUAAAAUAGAAUCUAAUUUAAUUGGACAGACAAACUCGGGAUUGGCUUCUGAAACGACACACACUGACAAAACUAUCAGCUCAGAUUCUGAUAUUACAAGCACACACGAUAAAGAAUCGUCUUGGGAGUGUAGUGAAUGUAUGAUUAGGAACAAUAGUACAGACAAACAGUGUACUGCAUGUAAAAUGCCUCGGUUCAAUCCGAAUGACAAAACUUCGUUGCCCUCAACGUCAACAAUAGAUACAGUCGUGGAAACAAAGCCAAUUGAGCCCGAUUGUUUCGGGUCCCAGUUUAAAUUAUCUACGAAUCAAUGGGAAUGUACAACUUGUUGCGUAAGAAACAAGCAGAGUGAUAUCAUGUGUGUAGCAUGCACUACACCAAAACCAGGAAGUAGUUCUGCGAUGCAACAAACUGUUAAAUCUCAAAAUUUUGAUCUAAUGGAUAAGUUUAAACCGGCCAAAGGAUCCUGGGAAUGCUCCGGUUGUUUACUAAGAAACGCUGCGAACAUUAUUACGUGUCCUUGUUGCAAUAUGUCUAAACCUACUACUUCUGUAAAAACAAAACCGAAGACGACGGAUAAUGUUACAGAGUCAUCUGCGCAAAAGUUAAACACUAGUACAGAAGUCACGGCAACGAAAGAAAUAUCUAAUUCUGAAAUAAUGAACAAAUUUAAACCAAGCAAAGAUUCCUGGGAGUGUCCAGGAUGCCUUGUUAGAAAUAACAGUUCUGUUGCCACCUGUCCUUGCUGUAGCACACCUAAACCUAGUUUUUCCGUUGGAGGACAGAGCAAAGCAGAACAGACUUCAAGUAAUGGGUUUGGAGACAAAUUUAAGAAACCAGAAGGUGCGUGGACUUGCGAUUCGUGCUUGCUACAAAAUGACGCAAAACAUACAGAAUGUGUAGCUUGUCAAGCUUCAAAACCUGGUACUGUAAAAUCAAACGAAUCUUUAUCGAGUAGUUCUACUUUGCAAUUUACGUUUGGUGUACCGUCUGGUACAACAAACUUAACUAAUCAACCAAGUGGAUUUAAGUUUGGUAUAGAUAAAUCUGAUAAUCAAUCUAAAUCCGACACAACAUCUCCCCUAAACGGAUUUAAAUUUGGUAAUGCGCAACAGAAUAGUGGUACGGCACAGUUUACAUUUGGCAUUCCAAAGGAAGAGAAUAAAGCUGUAAGUGAAGCAGCUAAAACUACUAAUAGUGUCACUACGUCUUCUUCUAGUAGUACAGGAUUUGUACUCAAUGUGAAAAGUCAUGAAAAAUCCGAAUCUACUAAUCAAGAUCAGGAAUCUAAACAGGAAACACUUUUCGGUAUACCAAAAAGCGAAAGUUCAACAACAGCAAGUGAGAAACAGAGUAUUGUGUCCAGCGCUCCAUCGGCUGCUCCUUCUUUCUCCUUUAUGGCAGGAUUUUCAAAUGAGAAACCAGGAUUCGCCUUUCCAACCAAGAAUCAGCGUGUUCAAAGUUCCUCAAAAAAGACUUCCUUUGCAAUCACUGUGACAGAAAGCUCCAAGUCAGCAGCAACAACUGAUGCAGUACCAACUAGCACUAAUACGACGUUACCAUCGUUAGUGACGCAAAAAAAUAUGACAAAGAAUAUAUUAGACGCAAAAUCGGAGCCGACGUUCUCAUUCGGGGUAUCAAGCAGUGUAAGCGCUGCUACUACAACUUCCACGAAUGCAACGACUACUUGUCUUCCAACUUUUGCUCAACCUACUUUCACAUUUUCCGAUACAAAGACGACAUCUCAGUCAACUACAGUACCGUCUUUUAGCCAAGUUCCGACCUCAUCUGCCACGUUAUCCACGAGCGUGUCGUUCGGAGAGAAGGCAAGAUCGAGUUCCACAUCGCUGUUCACCAAUGAGUCGAAGACGACGAUAGCAUUCGGCACGGACAAACCGUCGUCAUUCACCACGACGGGCAGCAAGCCGCCAGGAUUUGUCAUUCCCGAGAACAAAGGAAAUGUUACAACGUUCGGCAGUAACACUGAGAGUAAACCACCAAUUUUUGCUACACCGGAAACGAAGUUACCCGUAUUCAAUCCACCCACGGCAAACCCUCUAUCAACGUUCGGCACACCAUCCAACAGUGCUACUUCGACACCUUUUGGAUCAACUAAUACCCCGGCCUUUGGAAAUAAUACAACAUCUGCUUUUGGCAGUGCUACGACAACAUCUACUAUAUUUUCAACCACCAAGCCCGUCGAAACUAAUGCUGCGUCGAACAACUCUUCUUUAUUCACAUUCGGCUCGGCUUCAUCGCAACAGUCAUCAAGCGGCGGAUUUAACUUCUCUGCAAAUGUUAAUCCGGUCACGUCACCUGCGAAGCCACUUUUUACGUUUGGUAGUAAUUCAAGUACGCCACAGAAUAGUAACAACACUUUCAGUAGUGAUACAUUUGGAGCUAACUCCGCUCCAACAAACACCAAUUUUGCGUUUAAUCCACCUAAACAAGAAGCACCGGCAGCAUUUGGUCAAGGCGCAGCGGCUACUCCGAUAUUCGGUGCUCCACAAACAAACCCACAAACUCCAGCAACAUCAUCGUUCUCGUCUACUCCUUCGUCCAGUACAGGAUUCAAUUUUGGAUCUACAGCUCCAGUUGCUGCGACAUCAGGAGGUUUUAACUUUGGAGGAAUGUCAUCUACAUCUGCAUCACCCGGAGGAUUCAAUUUUAAUUCUCCUGCUUCUACUCCCACAGUAGCUUUCGAUCCCAAUAGUCGGCCUUCGUUCAACUUCACCAAAGGAAGUGCGCCAACAGCAUUUAACGCUCCACCCCAAUCGGCAGCAGCUCCACGGAAAAUCAAAAAAGCAUUUCGAAGAUGCGUGCGGUAGAGAGCAUAUGACAACACGUUCACAUAUACACUCAGGUGCGUCUACAUCUGUAUGUGUUUCUGAGUGUGUCUUUGUUAAGCCCGUUAUAUAAAAUGAUGUACAAUGAAAUUCUGUCAUACAUCAAUCAAUUGCAGUGUGGUGGUAUAUACCAAGCAUCUUUGUAAUAUAGUAACCCAAAGCUAACCGAACAUGCUUGCGUACAACCACUUGUGUUCUCUCUCUGCAGGAAAUGUAAAUUAUAAAUUAUUUAAAUUAUACAAGUUCUAAUGAAAAUAAUAUCUUGGAGUUGGCAUGAAGCCAGUAAAUCGUGAUGGCGUUACAUUACUAAGACCUUACCAAAAAUUGGACGUGAUGUAUAUGACAUAACGUACUCAAGAUAGCAUACAUAUUUGCCGAAAUCGAAAAGUACCUCGAUAAAAAAAAUUAAUAAGCACUUGAUGUGUGCAAUUGAAAAGAAAUACUAGUGGGAAAUUACCACCUAUUCAUAGGUAAGUAUAAGUCAGUCACAGCUCGUAGCACGCUUUGUAGAAGGAUCUUGAUGUGAAACUUAUUGAAUUUAGUUUAAAAGCAUUAUAUGCGCAGAAAUCGUAAUUUGUGAACUAAACAUAUAUAAAUCAAAACAGAUAAAU